CUAGGCUGUGAGAUGUACCUAGGGUUGCAAGACUGGGCCCCUUGCAUGGGGUCAAUAUGGGUGUCCCAGGACACAUGGGACAGACUGGGAUUGGGGAUGGUGGGACCAACUGUAAUCACCACCUGAACUGCAGCGGCUUGGGCCACAGAGGGAUUUCUUGUUGGUGCCUGCUCUUCAGGCCAAACCUCCGCCACUGCAGGAGUAGGCCAAGGCACUUUCGUGGGUUAGGCCGAACCUCCCUUACAGCUGGAGUAGGCCUUGUACAUGAGUUGGUGCCCAGUGAUCAGGCCAAACCUCCUUGCUCAUAGGAAUAGGCCUGGGCACAUCUGUACAGGAACCUUGACUGGAAUGACUUUGAUACUUGGGAUUCAUCGCUGGAGGAUCACUUUGGACAGGAGUCCAAGCAUAUUGAAUGCAAGAUGAUGAGCACACAACCCAAUGGAACGAUGACAACGUUGGCUAAUACCAAAUUAACUCCAUGUAUAGAGUGGGAAUUCUUGCAGAGGCUCUUUGCCUUCCGGCCCCCGUAUAUGUGGGUCAUCUUCGUCUUGGGCUUCAUAGAAAACUUGUUUGUCAUCUCCGUCUUUGUCCUUCAUAAGAGUCGCUGCACAGUGACUGAGAUCUACCUGGGGAACAUGGCGGCUGCUGAUCUGAUAUUUGUUAGUAGUCUACCAUUCCGGGCUUUAGAUAUCUCCAACAAUUUGUACUGGCCAUUCGGAGGCUUCAUGUGCUCAACUGUCUACUCCUUGUUUCAGUUCAACCUUUACAGCAGCAUCUACCUCCUUAUGAUGGUCAGUAUUGGGAGAUAUCUGGCUUUGGUGAAGCCCAUGUCCACAGGUCGUUUAAGAAGGCCUUGGUGGGCAAAGCUGAUCUGUGGGAUCAUCUGGAUGUUUGCAGCUGCAUUAAGCGUGCCCAAUGCGCUGUUCCGAAAGGUGGUGUUCAUCAAAAAUUUUAAUAUCACUAGAUGUGUAAUAGACAGAUCAUCAAAUAACUGGUUUAUUGCAGCAAAUAUAAUCAUAAAUGUUCUCGGCUUCUUACUGCCUCUGGUUGUAAUCGCCUUUUGUACGUCUCAAAUGAUUCAUGUUUUAAGGAACAUUACAAAGAAACAGUUCAAGAAUGUCAACAAGCAGAGAAAAGCCACUUGGCUGGUCUUGUCUGUAUUCUUGGUCUUCAUAGUGUGUUGGCUCCCCUACAAUAUUACCCUCUUUAUUAACACAUUAGUUCGAGCCAAUGUCUUUCUUCCAUGUAUGGUGAAAAAUGUCAAUCGUACUGUUAACAGUAUCUCUGUUUACCUUGUCCUCACUAACAGCUGUAUCAAUCCGAUCAUAUACAGUAUGCUUGGGAAUCACUUUAGGCAAAAAGCCAGAGAGGUCUUCAGGAGGCUUCUAUGUAAGGGAUCUGACAGACAGAGGUCAUCAAUUCCAACAGAUGAAUCAUGAAUCUUUCUCCAUGGGAUCAUACAAGAACUCAAUUCUGAGUAUCUACGUUGGCACCUUUUGGA